UCAACUGUGUUUCUGGUACGUACCCAUGGUGGGAUACGGUGUGCACUGAAACGAAUGUAUGUUAAUAAUGUGCCGGACCUCAACAUAUGCAAGAGAGAAAUAACAAUUAUGAAAGAGUUAUCUGGGCACAAGAAUAUCGUGAGCUAUUUGGACUGCGCUGUUAACUCUAUAAGUGACAAUGUCUGGGAGGUGCUCAUUCUCAUGGAGUACUGUCGAGCUGGGCAAGUUGUGAAUCAGAUGAAUCGGCGUCUGCAGACAGGCUUUACUGAGUCAGAAGUAAUGAGAAUAUUUUGUGAUACCUGUGAAGCUGUUGCCCGGUUGCAUCAGUGCAAAACACCUAUAGUUCACCGGGAUCUAAAGGUGGAGAAUAUAUUGUUAAACGAUAGCGGGAACUAUGUUCUCUGUGAUUUCGGCAGUGCCACUAACAAAUACCUUAAUCCUCAAAAAGAUGGUGUUAACGUGGUUGAAGAAGAAAUUAAAAAGUAUACAACGCUAUCGUACCGAGCUCCCGAAAUGAUCAAUCUUUAUGGAGGAAAACCAAUUACUACCAAGGCAGAUAUCUGGGCACUUGGCUGCUUGCUGUAUAAACUUUGUUUCUUUUCACUUCCCUUUGGAGAAAGUCAAGUUGCUAUUUGCGAUGGAAGCUUUACCAUUCCGGACAAUUCCCGAUACUCUCAUAGUAUACACUGUUUGAUAAGAUAUAUGCUUGAACCUGAUCAAGAACGAAGACCUGAUAUCUUUCAAGUAUCUUACUUUGCCUUUAAACUUGCCAAAAAAGAUUGUCCAGUGUCUAAUAUUAAUAAUUCUCCUGUCCCUUCAACUCUUCCUGAACCCAUGACAGCUAGUGAGGCAGCUGCUAGAAAAAGCCAAAUAAAAGCAAGAAUAACAGAUACUGUUGGACCAACAGAAACCUCAAUUGCACCACGACAAAGACCAAAGGCCAAUUCAAGCACUGCCACUUCUAGCGUGCUGACGAUCCAGAGCUCAGCAACUCCAGUCAAAGUGCAAGUUCCUGGUGAAUUAGGUAAUCGUGGGCAAAAAGGAACCAUGCGCCCAGGGAACGGGCAAGAAGUCUUACAGUCCCAAGGGACCAACCAGCACCCCCCGCAGCAGAACAGAGUUCUCCAGCAGCUGCAGCAGGGCGACUGGAGACUACAGCAGCUACACCAUUUACGUCACCAGCAGCAGCAACCUACUGUUCAGGAUGCUUAUUUUCAGCAUUAUCAACAAGCAAUGCACCAGCAGAUGGUCCAACAGCAGCUGUUGAUGCAGUCUGUGUACCAGCAGCAACCUUCCCAAUCUCAGUAUCCUGCUAUGGUGCAGCAAUAUCAGCAGGCUCUCCUACAGCAGCAGAUGCUUGCUCAGCAGCAACAGCGGUCGCAACAGGCGCAGUCUCCUGAAUAUAUCACUUCUCCACAAGACUUCUCACCAGCCUUAAUAUCCUACCCUGGGUCACUUCCAGUGCAUGCUGGUACAGUGGCAGAUUCUCCCUACCCUGCAAGCAG